AUGGCUCUUAACAACGAGCCCAUCGAAAAUGUGCCAUUGGGAGAGGAAGUGGACGAUGAUGCCAUGGAUGAGGUCCCUCUUGAACCUCAAGCUAAUAGACGAGGCAGCUCAGCCAACGUAAUCAGGUCAAGGGUAGUAGAACAGCUCGGGCUGCUUGAUCAGAUCAUACCAGCCUCCCGGGUCCUCCAUGGCUUCAAUAUGGUCGGUGAAAUAACAAAAGGGGAGAUCUCCCUCUCGGUUGACAUGUCCGAUACAGUUCAGAACACCAAGUUCCACGUCAUCGGUGGUGACAUGAGGUACAACGCAUUGCUUGGCAGGCCGUGGAUACAUAGCAUAAGGGCAGUGCCAUCAACUCUACACCAGAUGAUGAAGUUCCCAACAAAGGAUGGUAUAACGACAAUAUAUGGAGAAUAG